AGAUGAUUCUAUUGUAUUAUAUUUUUUGUAUUGUUGCUCAAUCAUAUAUGUAUUGCUGGUAUGGAACAGAACUCGAAGAAAGAAUGAAAAAAGUAGCUGUUGCAGUUUAUGAAAUUGACUGGACAUUUUCUACUCCAGCAGAAGUAAAAAGUUUAACACUUAUGAUUUUAAUUGCUCAAAAAGGAUCAACUAUUUCUUAUAAAGGAUUAUGUUCUUUAAGUAAUGAAACAUUUGGAUGGGUAAGAGAAAAUUAUACAACACUUUUCAAUGAAAAAGUAUCAUAAAAUUAAUUUGAAUCAUUAAAUAAGAAGAACGUUUAAACUUGUUGGCUUUUCAGAUAAUUAAAUCAGCAUAUGGAGCACUAAAUGUUCUAAAAAAUUAUUCUAAUUCUUAAAGAAAUAUAUUUUUUAAGAUAAAA